AUGAGUGACGGGGCAAACAAGCGGAAGCAAGGUCCUGGGGGGAGUGGUCAAGCCAACAAGAAGAGCAAGGGAGGCAGCGCUGGCAAGUGGCAGACGCCACACCAAAAGGCCAAACAGACUGAAAAGGUGGAGUUGGGAAGAACUUUGGAGAUCAACGAUGCCGGGAUCUGGGUCACCUACGCCAGGGGCAUGAAGGGCAAAGCUGUGCGGGAAUUCAGGGCCCUUUGUGACGAGUAUGGCGAGUCACUGUUUGGGAUAAAGCCUCCGGCUGAAGAUGGUGAGGGCGAGGAUGAAGACGAGGAGCCCAAGGACAUUGAAGCUUCUAUCCAGCAGGAAUUGGCCGACAUGAGUGCCAAGAAGCCCAAGACGAAGCAGUUCUUUACACCCAUAUCAACUAACCUCGACUGCGUCUUCUUCAUGAAGCUCCAGAAGCCCGCUGAGCCUCUCGAGAUGGUCAAGCGGAUUUGCCAGGAUGCCAAAGAUUGCCCGGACCCAAGACAGCGCAAGGUCAAGUACAUCAACCGCCUCACACCCGUCUUUGAUACAGACAGGGCAACCGACAAAGGCAUCGAGCGCGUGGCGCGGACGGUCAUGGCUCCAUUCUUUGAGCUCAAGAGCGAGUCAGGAGAGGAUACAGCCGAGAAGGCGGCCGCUUCGCAGGAUGAUGGUGAGGGGCCUGCAUCCUGCACGUACGCCAUCAGACAUACCAUCCGGAACCACACCGCUUUCAAGUCGAGCGUCGUCAUCAAGAUGAUUGCGGAUAUGGUGAGCCCCAAGCACAAGGUCAACCUGACCAGCCCGGACAAGGUGGUAUUGGUCGAGAUUUUCCAGUUGGUCCCUCAGAAGGAGGAAGAGCCCGCAGGAGCCGAAGGAGCCGCCCCCGCCGAGUCGACGUAG